GCAUCAGCAAAAGCGAGAGAGCCAGAGCAAGCAAAAACGGCAGUUUGAAAUCCGAACUCGCUCCGAUCGAAAGCUAGAAAAGUUGUCUCGUAGUGAUACGUUUUUCUCUUCACGUUCAGUGCGGCAGAUAUGCAUACGGUUAAUUGUACAGAAGAUAAAAAGUGGAUAAAUUCUGCAUUCUGUGUGUUUCCAAGGGGACAGUGAAUUGCUAAAGUGAAGAUCCAUUUGGAAGUGCGAAAAGUAAUUAUUGUGCUUAGUAGAACUUGCCAACAGCCUUAUUUUUAUCCCGGAAGUGUGGAGUUGCAGAAAAAUUUCUAGUUUUUUUUCGUACACGGUGGAGCAGAUCAAACCAGACCCGAACCAGCGGAGAAAAUUUUGCUAAAAAAUGGCUGUAAACGUGUAUUCGACCAACGUAACCACAGACAACCUGUCAAGGCAUGAUAUGCUGUCAUGGGUUAACGAUUGCCUCCGGUCCCAGUUUACCAAGAUCGAGGAAUUAUGCACGGGUGCUGCCUAUUGUCAGUAUAUGGACAUGCUGUUUCCAGGUUCAGUGCCCAUGAAACGUGUUAAAUUUCGUACCAAUUUAGAACACGAAUAUAUUCAGAACUUCAAAAUCCUGCAGGCGGCAUUCAAAAAGAUGAAUGUGGACAAGGUCAUUCCUGUGGAUAAGCUGAUCAAGGGUCGCUUUCAGGAUAACUUUGAAUUUUUGCAAUGGUUCAAGAAGUUCUUCGACGCUAAUUAUGAUGGCCGAGAAUAUGAUUCAAUGGAGGCUCGUUUUGGAAUUCCGCUUGGAUCUGGUGCAAUACAAAAUGAACUUGGUGUCGGAGAACUUCCGAAACGACAUAUUCAAGCUCCAAAAUCGCAGAAACUACCAACUCACCACGUCACUUCCACUGUAUCAAAAGUCACACCCAGUAGACCGACAGUACCGAUGGGCAACUUGGAGCGCAGACAGAUAGGCGGCAUUGGUGGAGGCCCUGCGACCGCCAGCAAGUCCUCGUCGCAGAACAGCGUGACUAAUCAGCAGGUCGAUGAACUUACCAAUCAGGUGCAGGACAUGCGGUUACACCUAGAAGGGCUGGAAAAGGAACGCGAUUUCUAUUUCAGCAAACUUAGAGAUAUUGAGAUACUAUGUCAAGAAGACGAACAAAACGAUACGCAAAAUCAGCUGAUCCAAAGAAUUCUAAACAUUCUGUAUGCGACGGAGGUAGGUGACGGAUUUGCGCCACCGGAUGAUAUGCCACCAGAAGAAGAGGAGUACUAAGAUAUCUCGUCAAACACACGCUCUCCACUGUUUGUUACAAAUGGUGAAAACUCUCGCGCAUGAACGAGAUACUCUACCCUCGAAUGUCGGCGUCAAAUCGAAACUUACCCUGGACAAACCGUCGUGCGCAAUUAAACAAGACGCAGUACGCAGGAGAAAGCUGUAAUUUAAAGAUAUGAGAGAAAAAAGAUUGUGGUAGUGAUGAGGUUUUUUUGUAUUUAAACAUAAUUCAUUAUUAUUAAUAACUAUUAUGAACGUGACUAAUUAAAGCAGUUGUUUCGCGAACAAGUAGAAAACGAAAAUCUAAAUCAGGCCAGCUAGUUUUAUAGAUUGCAUCGAAAACCACGUUGAAUGGAGUGAACGAUUCUGACACCACGUAUAGUUUGCUUAACAUCGAAACAGAUUUCUUCUCAGCAUUUUUCGUAUAUCGUAGCAGAGCAAAUAUUUGUAAUAUUGAAAGUAUUUGAAGUUGGUGCAAAAUUGAAAGUCACACAAUGUAUUGUUAUGCAUUUCCUCGUGUAUUAUAUGUAGUGAUCUGGCGUGUUUUGAAAUGCUCUGUCUAUGUUACUCCUCUCAGUCUGAGCCAGUAACGAACCAGCAAAAACAGUGGUCCAUUCUUAGCACACUAAAGUGCAGCUAUGCCUUGUUAUUUGUAUUGCAAACCUUUACAACAAUAUCUAAGCGAGAUCCGGAAUGAGACUAGCUAAGUUCUACCCUCAUACUACAGACCCAACGCAAACAAACCUGAAAGUUAACGAAUAAUUAUCGUGAAUACGAUUUAUAUCGAUUGGAUUAUCAGAAAGAGACAGAAGCGUGAAAGUCAGUUGUGCUAAAUUUAUUUGUAAAUCAAUUGUAUCAGAACAAGGUGUAAAAUAAACACAAGCAUUAGCUCAAA